AUGGUAGACGUCGACAUUGACCCGCACCGACCUCGUCGCGUCCUCGCGGUCGCCGUCUUUUGCCUCUGCCUCACCUGGGUCGCAGUGCCACUGCGCAUCUACUCGAGACUCUUUCUGACACGGGUUUUUACUCUCGAUGACAAGCUCAUAUGCCUGGUCCAGAUCACCUUCACCGCAUACCUUCUUACGGAUAUCGCGGCAGUCUUGCACGGGUCUGGACACGAUGCUGUAGAGAUUUCGCCAGAGGAUAGAAGGAUAGCUCUUCAGCUCUUCUUCGUUGGCGAACUUCUGUACCUGAUCACUACAAUACUCUUGAAAGUCUGCGUUGGCCUACUGUUGCUCAGCAUUGCUAUUGUUCCCCUCCAUAUCUGGACGCUUCGAAUACUCCUCUGUUCGACAUUCCUAUUCGGCUCACUGUACUUCAUUCUGGUUAUCUUCCAGUACAGACCGCUUCACGUAUUCUGGGACGUGGGCCCUCGGACACCAGGCAGCUGCUUCUCAACCAGUGUCGUACUUGGAUGCACCUACACCCUCGCCAUUUUGAACUGUAUUGCAGACUGGACUUUUGGCAUUCUGCCGUUGUUGAUCGUCUGGUCCCUGCAGAUGCGCCUGAAGACGAAGCUACUAGUCAUUCUGCUGCUAGGUUUCGCGUCCAUAGCGAGCAUUGCUACCAUAGUGCGCGCAGUAGCUGUUCCAGGACUGCUCAGUCAGGAAAACUUUUUUCGCGAUACAGCAUAUCUAACCAUCUGGAGCAAUAUAGAGCCCGGUAUUGGCAUAGCGGCAGCUUGUGCGCCGGCUUUGUCGCCGCUGGUUCGACACAUUUUGGGGAAGAGGCAGCGGCGGGGAUACGAAAGCGGUAUCUGGCGAACACGAGAGCUCCCAACAAUCACAGACAACAGCACCAUGGCGCUACCAGAAAGAACAGAAAGGAGGCAGCACGAGUUUCGAAACUCGUCCAAAAACGACAUACUACGCUUGCGAUUUGACGACUUUUCAUACGAAUCCCGGAUCACCUCCGGCCCACAGGCACAUCAGAUGCGGCCAGUGCCGCCGCCGCCACGGAGUCGAGCGUCGUGGGCUUUUCCGAUACGGCGCGGGUCAGCGGUCGGCGGCGGUGGCUUCGAUUGUAUCACUGCUGAUACCACGCUCACCACAUCGACGAUAUCAUCAGACGGAGCAGCGGCCGAACCGCCGUCCUCGGGGAUCAUGAAGACGAUGGAGUUUCAGCUGUCGUAUGAGGCAAGGACGUGGACAACGUCGCGGCAGGGGAGGAUGAUUCCGCGGGACGAGAGCAUGACGCUGCGGCCUUCGACGAUUGCGGAGAUGAGAAGGGUAACGAGCGGCGAGGUGCCGCUUCUUCACGAGGGGUUGUCACCGACUUCGCCCGAGUAUGACAUUGAAGCUGGAUUUACGGGGUGGUCGCGUAAUAGGCACUCCUCACCACCUGCGUCACCGUGGGAGUGGAUGGGGACUGGUCAGGCGAGGCCUCUUUCCAUGAAUGGGGGCAAGUUCGCUGCUGAGGCGACUCACAUGACUACAGCGGAAAAGCGCCUAUCGACAAAAGCAUAG